CUCGACCCGGCGAAGCGCAACCAACCAUGGCAGAGUACAAGAAGGCGCAGGCGCGCGUGCGAGACUUGGUCGACCGCCGCAGGCAACUGGAACGGCGCCUGGCGUCGAUGGAAGAGAGCAUCGCCCAAAAGGAAACCGCCUAUCUCGACAGCACCCCCAGCGGCAACAUCAUCACAGGCUUUGACAACUACAUGAAGGGAACAAGUGGCGCGGCAGCCCAGCGGCGUAAGACGGGCCCGGCGGAACAGAACCGCGUGUUUUCGCGCUCGUCAAUUUCAUAUCGACCGAAUAACGGGGACUCUUCGGCUCCUGGAUCGGUAGGCUCGACUCCUGCUCCGACACCGUUAUCCACCACGUAUCGAGACAGCGCAUCGGGCAAUCCUACGCCAACUUCCGCGGGCGGGAAUAAAGCGAACAAGCCUAAGAAGAGAGACACGGAGGAUAGCGAGAAUGACGCGCAGACCAAUAAGAAGCGAACGAACUUUGGGGCUUCAAGGAAGUGAUAGGGCUGAAAAGCUACUUGUGGCUAUAACAAAAUGUUGGCAUUUUCGACGGGAGGCUCAGGGGCUUCUUUGGGGCACACGCAUUUGUGCCUCCCUGGAAAGAGACAAAUGGGUAUAACAUGGGCGUUUUUAGAAGGAUGGCAUGUGGUCGGAUAGGGAUACGACAUGCACGGCGUUUGGGGGCAAUGGUAGUUGAUUUAUGAGGUAUUAGCGAUUGCUCGGCGUUGAAAGAUGUGAUGAAAGCAAGAUGAUAGUAGCUAGAUAUCAUCUUUGUUAUCAAUAUCAAUGUCUUCAAAGAACCAAGAUUUCGUCUAUGGCAGUUGGUUAAAUUAAUAUACUAAGAAUCGUCAGUACUCCA